AUGUCCGCCGCAGCCAAAAGUCCAGCAACCUCCUCCCUCAGCAUAGCCAUCGUCGGCUCCGGCCUGGGUGGUCUUUCCGCCGCCAUUGCUCUGCGGCGUGCCGGCCAUCAAGUCACCAUCUAUGAACGAUAUGACUUUGGCGGAGAAGUCGGCGCGUCGCUGUCGCUCGCCUCCAAUGGCUCGCGGUUCCUGCAAGAAUGGGAAGUGGACAUUCCGGCCGCUAAGCCCGUCAUUCUGCGGAACCUCAUCAUGCACGAUUGGUCGUCGGGGGAGGUUUCCGGCCAGUAUCCACUGGGAGACUAUCGUGAGCGAUUUGGAACAGACUACAACAAUUUCCACAGAAUUGAUCUUCAUAAGCACCUAAAAAAUGUGGCCACUGCCGAGGCGGGCCAGGGCCCUCCGGCACAGCUAAAGGUGUGGCAUAAAGCCAUCAAGCUAGAUCCCGCCGAGGGCAGAAUAACAUUUGAAAACGACAACGAGGCUGUCCAUGAUGUCGUCGUUUGUGCGGAUGGAAUUCGAAGUCAAAUGCGAGAGCAGCUUGGCAUCACUCCGCAGGUCACACCAUCCACCUCAUGUUGCUAUCGGUGCAUCAUAAGCACGAAAAAGCUCCGCGAGUUGGGCCUCGGCGAAUUCGCUGAUAAUAGUGCUAUUGAGUUCUGGGGCGGGAAAGGCAUCAAUAAGAUUGUCAUGAGCCCUUGCUCCAACCACGAGGUCGUCAGCUGCUAUUGCUUCUACCCGGCUGAGAAGAACGAUCUCAAGGAGGACGGCUGGAACAUCUCGUCCACGGGCGAGAAUCUGGCAGCAACAUUCCCUGAUCUGGACGAGAGACUCCGGCUCCUGUUUCAAAAUGCAGAGGACAUCAAGAUGUGGCGACUUUACAACCACGAGCCCUACCCAUCUUGGGUAAAUGGCCGCUGCUGCCUGCUUGGGGACGCAGCUCAUCCCAUGAUGCCUGAUCAGUCUCAAGGCGCUUGCAUGGCCCUGGAGGAUGCUGGAGCGCUUGGCAUCCUCUUCUCGGACAAGUAUGCACAUCUGUCGAUACCGGAGAAGCUUCAGAUGUACGAGCUUGAGCGCAGACCGCGAGCCACGCGAGUGCAAGAGAGUAGCCGGCGAGCCAGAACAGACAUUACGGAACGCAUCGGUUGGAGCAGCGCCAAUGACAGACCAGGGAAGCUGACCAUUGAAGAGGUGUGCGGGUACGAUAUGCAUUCCCAUGUGGCUGAGCUAGAAGAGAAACUCGCACAUCCCGUAUCAAACCCCUGGUAG